AUGGUGGAGGUGGUCAAGGCGGUGGUGGACAAGAAGGUAGUCAAGGCGGCAGUGGAAGUGGCAAACAAGGAGGUGGUCAAGGUAGUGGACAAGGAGGAGGUGAAGGUGGUCAUGGUGGUGGACAAGGUGGUGGAAAAGGAGGUGGUGGUGGAAGUAGCAGGACAAGGAGGUGGUCAAGGCGGUGUAAAAGGCGGAGGUGGAGGAAGUCAAGUUGGUGGACAGAGUGGUGGAAAAGGAGGUGGUGGUGGCCAGGGUGGUGGUAAAAGAGGAGGUGGCCAAGGUGGUGGUGGACAAGGAGGAGGAGGAGGAGGAGGAGGAGGAGGAGGAGGAGGGGGAUAUGGAGGAGGUGGUCAAGGAGGAGGUGGAAAAAGCAGUGGACAAGGAGGUGGUCAAGGUGGUGAAUAUGGUGGUGGCGGUAAGGGUAGUGGGGGUCAAGGACAAGGAGGUGGAAGUGGUGGGCAAGAAGGUGGUCAAGGCGGCGGCGGCGGCGGUAGUGGUGUUGGCGGACAAGAAGGUAGUCAAGGCGGUGAACAAGGUGAAGGAAAAGGAGGAGGUGGUGGUGACCAAGGAGGAGGAGGUGGUGGAUAUGGUGGAGGUGGUCAAGGUGGCAGUGGAAAAGGUAGUGGUGGAAGAGACGGACAAAGUGGUGGUCAAGGCGGUGGAAAAGGAGAAGGCGGAGGUGGUCAAAGUGGUGGGCAAGGUGGCGGUAAAGGUGGUGGUGGACAAGGAGGAGGAGAAGGUGGAUAUGGUGGAGGUGGACAAGGGGGUGGAAAAGGUGGAGGUGGAGGUGGUCAAGGCGGUGGUGGAAGUGGUGGACAAGGAGGUGGUCAAGGUAGUGGAUAUGGUGGUGGUAGUGGACAUGCAGGUGGUAAGGGCGGUGGUGGUCAAGGACAAGGAGGUGGUCAAGGAGAGGUGGCAGCGGCCAUGGAGGUGGAAAAGGUGGAGGCGGAGGUGGAGGUGGUCAAGGUGGUGGACAAGGUGGUGGACAAGGAGGAGGCGGAGGAGGUGGAGGAGGAGGUGGUGGCAGUGGACAUGGAGGUGGUAAGGGCGGUGGUGGUGAUGGACAAGUUGGUGGUGGAUAUGGUGGUGGCAGUCCUAAAGGUGGUGCAUAUGAUAGUGGCAGCGGCGGCGGUGGUAUCAUUCAUGGUAACAGUGGUUAUUAAUUCUAGCAAUAGAAGGGAAACUGAAGUGAUCCAGCAAAUCAGCGCUAGCUUAAUAAACGAAGAAUAA